AGAUUCGGGCCGGGAAAAGGCGAUGAAUGAACCGCGGGAGAAGAGGCGAGAAAUGCAGGUUUCAGCUUGUCGGCUCUUCGUAGAAAUCCCGCCGUACUCGUUGCGGUUUGUCUAGAGGUUGCGUCUAAAGUUGAACUUCAGUCUGAGACUGAAACUGACAAGUUGGGGGAUCUGAGAGUCACAAUCGAAAGGUCUGAGAAGAAAACACAAUUCCGGGUGCUGUAGGGUGAUGGUAGAUGUAAGAAGAAAGGACUCUUCUCCUGCGUUGAGGUGCCUUGCAUUGCUCCAAGCUCAUGGCUGGCAGCCCGGUGCCCCCUAGGAGGCAGGUGGUUGAGGAGACACGGCUGGUGUUGGAAGCAUUCCUGCAAGGGGCACUAAGCAGCGGAGAGAAAGGGGCUCCAGGUCAUAUAGGCCGUGGCUACCAUGACCCCCAAAGUUACAUGUCCAGGUCCCCAGUGGAACAUGCUCUGGAAUGUCCUGCCUGCAGCCCUGCCCAUGAGGAAAGUAACUCCACAGAAGGGAAAAAACAUGGCUUUCGCACCAGCAUUAAGCACCUGUUGCAGAAGCGGUCCAACUCUCGAGGGCCCUCUGACAGUCUGCCCUCCUCUGGGGACUCCUUAAAGAAGUCUAAGCCAGGGGCCGAAGGGGCCCACCGGAAGCGCCCCUUCUACAAGAGCCUCCUGAAGAAGAAGGGGGCUGCCUCAGCAGAGAUAGCUGACCCUGUUGCUCACCCCCAGCGCCCUGACUCUUUGCCUCUUGUCACCUGCUAUUGUAGAAAGCAGGCAGCUGAGCCAGAAGAGGUCCAGAUAGCAGGCAAUGGUGAAGCUGAGGGUGCUGAGUUUUAUACUUUGGUGGCCCAGAAAUUAGAUUACUUUGUGAAACAACAACAGUGGGUCACCCCUGCAGCAGCAAAAAGCUCACCUUCUCCCACAGAUCUGAACACUACAAUUCCUGCAGACACAAUCUCUGGCAACUCAGCUGCCUUGGAAAAGCUGCCAGGAGAAUCGGAUGAGAAACAGAAAGAGCAAAUCCUUCAGAAGCUGGUUGCCCUUCUCGAAGAGCAGGCUGCUAUCUUUAAUAAAAAGAUUGAAGCUGACCCACUGCUCCGCAAUACUAUCUCCCGCCUCUCCUACCGCAGCUUUACUCACCUGGCUGAAGCCUUCACAUCACGUACCCCACCUGGUGUCUCUAGCCCUCAGCUAGCCAAGCUGGCCCUCACCAUGGAGCUCACAAGGAAAGUGGCUGGCAUCAACAGCCACACAGUACAUACUGUUAUGGGCUAUAGUUUGCAGUAUAUGGAUAUGUUCAUACCUUGGCUGCAGCAGCAAGGUGGCUGGGAGAGCAUUGUAGCCCAGGAGGAAAUAUUUGACUUGCAACUCGACUAAACAACCGUCCCUGCACCAGCGGCAAUGCUCUUACAAUGAAUCUUGUUUGCAGAAAACUGAGUGCUGGGUAGAGCUGCUAGCAUUUAAAAGUCUCUGUGGAAAGUCCCGUUGUCUUUUUCCAGCAAAGUUAAAUCCAAAGAAAUAGUUUUUGUUUUAGUACCUGUGACUGGAACUAACUCUGAGAUGCUAAGAAUCUGCAGAAACCAAUUCUAAACUUCUUUGCUUGGAGUUAAUUGCAAAAAUUGACCACAGUACGCCAACUUUUCUUGCCAACUGUUCCUGCAAAAAUGUGAAGUAGUUACUCCCUCAUGAACCUGCUAGAUGUCAAAAUAUUUCUGAAAGGCCAUUAUUCAGAGCUGCCUGCCAUCAGAGACAAGAAAAGUGAUGGGGAAGCCUCCCUUCUUUAAGAAAGUGGGAGCCUCCCUUCUUUAAGAAAGCCCUGCUGAGGAAGGCGUGCUGCUUUUCUUCUUUUCACACAAGGUGAAGAUCUUUGUUUCCUCAAAUUUUACACUUGAGGAUAAAUAAAUACUCUCAAUCUUAUUUUAUCCCCGUUUUAAGAUGCGACACCUGUCUUGUAAUUAUUUAUUGUCUUUGUGGUUGUGCCUUUGUUCUGAAUUUUUUUGCUCUGAGAAACUUUGGAAUUUCAUAACAAAAAAAAUGUAUGAAGAUAAUUCCUAUGCAAAGCUGACUUGCAGGAGAGUCUUGUUAAUUCCAGUGGGACUAUCUUUUAAACAAAUGUGGGGAGAAGAGAAAUCAAUGUAACAAACUCAGGGAUAUGGGAGUGUGUUGGUUCAACAACAGCUUCCCUGAAGCACUGAAUAUUGCCCUGUGGUUUUUUUUUUAAAUAAAU